AUGAGCAUUUGCCCACGCCCACGAAGGAUACUCCCGGGCCAUAGCCUAUUCCAAGCCCGGAGGCAUGCGAUCCCUCACCCGUUGACGCCAUGUCGUCUCUCUUCCGGAAUAUCUCAACAAACGUUCCACGGUUCACCACAUAACGAUACACAUCGACCGAGCAACAGAUCGAACCGCCUACCAUGUCCUGUGCCGCGAGGAUUACGCAAGGAUCCAUCCGAAUGGAUAAAAUACUUAGAAAAAUACAUUCCCAGGCAGAAUUUGGAUAAGGACUCUCCAGCGCGCGGUGCGACUGAGCAGAAGAUUGAUCAAGAAGAUUGUGAUGCGAUACUGGAGCUUUUAUAUCAAGCAAGGGCACAACAGAAUUUUGACCUCCUCACUAUUCUUGGGUUCAAAUUUGGCAGGUGGCAGGACUUUCAUGCUAUAAUUAACAAGCUCUUGGAUUUCGCAGACGCUGUCCGACCAAUAUCCAAGCGAGGCCGACUACCUUCGAAUAUCCAUUGGGGUAAUCUGGGCUCGUUUGAUGGCUUAUCUGGCGAAAAAUUGGAAUCGAUCAAACCUACGGAUAUUCAUUAUCACAACGAUGGCAUGCCAAUUUCGUCGUUUGACAGUUAUUCGGAGGAACCGGUAAUGCACAACCAAUUGGGAGAAGCGGGUACGAGAAUCGGGGCAAUGGAUGAGCUCUGGCAGAGUUUAGGCGUCUUCGUCCUUGAGGCAGCGGAUGAACCAACGAAGGAGGGUUCCGCGCUCAUGUCACAUUUUUACCGUGUCGUGGCUCGCCUCCAUCACCUUGACAUGAUCCCUCCGGAAAUAUACAAGUACACGCCCAAACUGGACCCUACCCUGCCCAACCGCCCCCCUGGGGUGCAUCUUCUUUCCUAUCCCAUAAUGAGUGUUUUGUCGGAUGCGACUUGGGAGGCGACCGCUGCAGAAGAUGCUAUGGCCGACCCGGACAAUUCGCCUUAUGUAGCGCCUUUAAGAUACAGGUCAAAGCAGCUAGGUUUUGGUGUCUGGCUUGAAUUCAUUCUUUGGUGCUGUGUUGAAGGGGGCUACGCUGCAGGAGCUGCCUGGAUUCUGCAGAAAUCGCGCAAUCGUUCGAGGUCAUGGAGUGUCCAGAGCUGGGCCAGGCUUUAUCAAGCCAAAGGAUCAAUUGAUCCACUUAAAAUGGACCGUUAUGAUACUUGGGCACAAUGUGGCGUGUUGUCGAAUGAACCGUUUGCUGGCCCAUCGAAUCGUCCAUUCCAGGGAAUGGGACUGCGGACAAUUACAAGUGAAGUGAUUGUUGCCGCUAUGGACGGACUCGUUAAUUCACUUGGAGUAGGAGUUGGUGCUCGAGGAGAUUCGCCUUCGUUCGUUUGGGAGCGUCUGGGUUUGUUGCGAGCUAUAUUGAGCAAGAACAAGAUAUACCUUCGUCAAGCAGACAUCACAUACUUGAUUGUUCGAAUUCUCGAGACAGGAGCCAUUGUCCCAGAAACCAAACCUCAGUCGCUUGAACUUCUACUCAAUCUCGCCCCAUAUAUUCCACCCACAGAUCAACCGACAGAGUCCUCUAGUCCUCAUUUCAAAGGUUUAUAUCAACAAGAGUACGACCCAGAAUAUUCCGGCCUUGUAUUGGGGUUAUACCAAUACGCGCUAAAUAUAUACGCGUCAAGCGGCCAUGUGUCGGGAACUAUUGAUGUGUUUGAAAGAUUAUUGGGAGCUGUCGAUCCGGAGAAGGUGUUCGAAAUACGUAAUUCAGUUCUCGAUCACAAAUAUCUUAUCAAGGCGCACCCGGUUCGGCAAACGGAGCAAAAUCGCUCUCGAAACAUGAAACCUGCCAGUGGAUCUCAAAAUCUCCAGUUGUCAGCGUUAUCCUGGACAUUACUUUUGGAUACUCUGACCUCUUCUCGUUUGUAUCGACUUGCAAAUUGGUUGACGAGCUCGUAUGAAGAAGCUUUGAGGUCUUCUACAUCCCGUUCGCGUGAAGGUGUUCUUAUCGCAGAUCCUCUGAUUCGACUUGCAACUGCAACAAAAAACCGCGAGCUGUUUUAUAAUGUUGUCCAGGGGCUUACACCUCCCCUAGAGAAUCAAACUUUGAUCUCCUUGUUGAAUUGGAGAAUUGGAGAACUUGACUGGAAAGAUACUGCUGAAUUACUCUGUUAUCUUCGAGAUAGGAAAAACUCACAAUGGGAUGUCACCAAUAUCAUGUCCCUUGGGGCGACGAUAUUUCGACUAGAGUGUCAGCCACUGGGGGAGUGUCAGUCCGAACUUGAUCCCACUUUUGAAGAAAGCCAGGAUGAGACUUUGGACCUAGCCAAGAAGUUGUUGACGGAUGUCCUAAAUGGAAAGUUUAACCAGCAUUACAGUUAUUCCACAGACCUGCACACUUCUGAAGCAACGCUGAAUCAGGUACACCAUUUCUUCAGCUCCAUCCCUGGCUGCUUGUCCGAUAUCUGCCAUGAGGUUAAACUGCAAUGGGGCAGGCCCAUUGAACCCAGUUACCGUAUACCUUCCAGCGCAUUCAACCGAUUUCUUAGUGCCGUGGUUGAUACACAGGGCUCGCUAGCCGGAAAGCGGUUAUGGGAUGAAUUUUGCAUCGAGCCAGUAACAACCAUGGCCAAACGGAUCAGAACUAAGAAGAACAUGCUAGUUCAGACAUCCCGUAAACGCAUCCAACAAGCCGAUAUGAUUAAACCAUCAUUCAAAGCAAAAUCUACCCAUCAUAAAAAGACACCAUUAGUUUCACCAGACCUGACGACGGUCCGCAUUAUCGCCCAAGCUGCUCUUGAGGAACAAAAAUGCUUCUGGCAGCGUGGCCCUCAGCCUACCUACCCCAAUGUCAACUCACUCACACCUGAAACGUACACAGCUGAAAGCGUUGACCGCAUCCUAAGCUGGAGUGCCGAAAUGUUUGAGCGUCUCCGUCUUGGAGAUCGAGAAAUCAACAGGGAACUUGACGGAUACCCUCUGCGAAAAUCCAUGCCUACUCUUGCCCUUACCACUGCCGAUGCUAAUUAA